GGAAAGUCCAUUCCAUUAGAAAAAUUUGCUGUUCACAAAGCCAAACGCUUCCAGGAGGAAGGGAACCAUCUUCUCCUGCCAGCCCUGGAAAUGGUGUAUCUGCUAAAUGGUUUCAACAUCCUCAGUAAAAAUGAUCCUCUACUUGAACCAUUCCUGUUGAUUACUGAGAGGACAAUCAAUGAGAUUGUGGAGAAGAAAGAUUCCCACCCCUGUUUCAUGGACGACUACUGCCUUGCUCUGCUACUGAAGGGAGUGUGCCUCAAACACAGAUCACAGUAUUUCCAGGCACGGCAGUGCUUCACCGAAAUUGUGGCAAACGAGAAGAACAUCAAGAAAGACACUUUCCUGGUUCCCUAUGCAGUAGUCGAGUUGGCCAUCCUAAAUCUGGCAGAAGAGAACUGGAAUGAAGUCAAAUUACUUCUAGAGAAAGCAAAGAACAAGUACAAAGGCUAUCUGCUGGAGUCACGAUUACAUUUCCGUGUCCAUGCCGUCCGUCUGUCCAUGUCCAAUCAGACAAACAGUAACAAUAGCAAUGAUGGAGGUGACGUUGAUGAACUUGAAUCACCCCUGGGCUCACCGCAACCAGGCACAUCAGACAAGGGAGGUGAUCGCAGCAGCUGGACCUCAGGACAAGACAGCCUAGAUGCUGGAGUGGCAGAAACGAACCACACAACACACUUUUGAUGUUGAUCAGAAUUAACAAGUGUAGAAAUAGGGAAGAUAUAAUGUACAGUAAAAUAUAAGAAACAGGUCGUUUUAAAUUAAACUGGUUAAUUAAUGACUUUUGUUGUUCUGAAAAAAAAAACUUCUUUUCAGGUGGAUUAGAAAUUUAUUUUAUUUUUAUUUUUUAUAUGGGGAAAUAAAUUUAAAAGACUGAUCAGAAAUGAUUAUUUAUGUGAUUCCGAGUCUUUCCCAUUUUCCACAAUAUUGGUGAUAACAUUGUCAGAUUUAUUUUCUCUGCAUGAAGAAUGUACAUAAUUAUUAAGUACAGUGUGUAGUUAGUCUAAUAGGAUGCAAGUUGAACAAAAAGACAUUCCCAUUGAUAGCCAAAGGUAAUUGUUAGAGAUAUUGAAUAAAAAUGUGCUCUAGACUAAAUUAAGAGUUAAAGCACCAUGUUAUAGUUUCAGCAUUACAGUAGCCAAAAUUGAUUUUAUAAACUGAUUUUUUGGAAAUAUCAAGAGAGUGAAAUUUUAAUUCAUUCAAAGGUUUUGACUCUAUAUUGAGAUUUAUUGAAGGUUUUUAUCCAUAUAAGGAGAGAGAAACUUUUAAGUAGGAAAAGGGUUUAUGCAAUAUGGAGAUGUUAUCUAAGAGACCUGAACUUUGAAUAGCUGGGUUUAGGUCUUUAUUUGAUCUCAUUAGUUAUACUGUAUGACUGGAUAUUUUGUUACAAGAGGAUGAUUUUGACAAUUUACCAGAUCAUGGAGAUACAAAAAAAAUUAAAUCGUGAAAAUUCUAUCCUUGAAAUAAUAUGCAAUUGAAAAUCAUGCUAUCCUGAAAUUUUCUGCAUUCUUUUUAGAUUGUGUUACAAGCUACUUCCUUCCGACUCAGCUAGGAAGAAUUUCUUUCAUUUCAUUUGUCAGAGCAUCACACUAGCAAAUCAGAGGGCCUGGGUUCAAUCCCUGGCGGAGUCCUUGAAAUAUUUAUAAUUUAAUAACCUAAUUUGUUACAGUGAUAUAUAUGUACGGUAUAAAUAUAUAGGAAUGGAGAAAUAGUGACUGAUAUACUCAUUCUUGUCCUACUAGAAUCUCUUCGAUAGCCUAUAUGUCUAGAAAGCUCUAUGACUUUCCUGGAAAGACUGAGGGCCACCCUGGUAAAAUUCUAGCUGCUUCCUAUCAACUGAAUUGUACAACAAAUUUUCAGAUUCAAUAUUUCGCAGUUUUGUUUAUGGAACAUAUUCGCAGGGGUUAAAUUUUGCUUUACACCUGCUUCUGAUAUUUUAUGGAUCACUUGUAUAUCAGUAUAAUUUUUACAUAAUAUUUAUCCAUUAACGGAAUAUAAUUAUAUAUCAUAAUUUCUAUUUUUCAGUGGAUUAAUUAAUAUUAAUUUUAAUUUAUAUAACGUUGAGUUACUGUAAACAUGAUUAUUUUCGCAGGGAUUAAUUUCGCGAUUUCAAAAGGUAAACUAUACGCGUGGGGAUAAUUUUUGCGAUCGAUCCACUUUCGCUUGUAGUUUAAGAUUACGCAAAUUGAUAUCAAAAUAAUACGUGUAGGGGAAAUUUUCGUGAACAAAAGGAGUCAGCGUAAUUAGCGUAAAGUUCCCCCUCGUAUAAAUUUCAACGUUUACAGUAUAUAUUCACCGAGUUAUGAUAUGGUACUAUAACACUCAUAUAAUAAUAUCAGUCGCGUAAAUAUUUCACUGUUGUUUAGAAUUCGUGGAUUUUAGUGGAAACACAAGUAAAGUGAAAAUAUAACUCAUGUAAAAUAUAACUCAUGUGAAAUAUAACUCAUACAAAAGAUAACUCAAACAAAAUAAAUAUAUCACAUUCAAAAUGUAACUAUGUAAAAUAUAAUACAUACAAAAUAUAACUCAUGUGAAAUAUAAUCACUAUACAGUAUAGAGAAUUUCUCAUCGCUCCUUUAGUGGAGAGUGUCAGCCUUGUAAGCCAUGGAGGAUCCUCAGGAUUUACAGAACAAAUUUUAAAUGAUCUCUUGUUUUACAAAAACCUGGUAUCCAAUAUGUGACAUGACAAAGUAUUUCAUAUUUAUGCAUAAUAUAACAAUAGUAUUACAUUCUUACAAAAAAACAAUGCAAAUGUGUCUUGGCAUUCACAGAGGACAGGUAAGCAACUCUAACAAAAUACCUGUACAACUGUCUAUUUAAUGCUGUAGAAAGUUGACUAGCUUUUAAGCAACAAUUCCAUAAAGUUUUAAAAUGCCAUGAAAUGAAUUUUACAAGUAUUUGUAACACCAAUGUAUUACUGAUCUCAUAGAGUCCCAUCAUAUUAAAACUCCUAAAAACUUUUUAAAAAAAAGAUGAUCAAACUGCCAUUUUCCUCAUUACAUCAAUUUUUAUAUCUAGUGUAUGAAAUCAAAAUAUAUUGUGAAAAGAAUGUUUUGAUAAAAUUAAAAUUAAAUUAAAUUUUAAAAGAAUUUAUUUUUAAAUAUAUAUGCCAAUUUCCACAUUUCAUAAAAUCUUCAUAAUAUUCUCCUAAAUAGUAAUUAAUUGCUGAAAGAUUAUGAUUAAUCCAACAUGUUUAUAGUCAUUGUGAAUGUCUGUCUAUCAAGUGUGUAUGUCAAGUAUUUAUAUUUUUAAAGUUUUGAAGCCGUUAAGUAUCAGGGUUAUAAAGUUAUUAGUUAUAGAUAUAAAUCAAGGUUAUAAUGUUAUAGCUAAUUAUCAGAGUUAUAAAGUUAUAGUUAAAUAUCAGGAUUAUAGUUAUUAUUAAUAAGCCAUCAUCAUAAAGCAAAAUAUCAGGGUUAUAAAGUUACAGUUAGAUAUCGGGGUUACAAAGUUAUAGUUAGAUAUCAGGGUUACAAAGUUAUAGUUAGAUAUCAGGGGUAUAAAUUUACAGUUAGAUAUCAGGGUUACAAAGUUAUAGUUAGAUAUCAGGGUUACAAAGUUAUAGUUAGAUAUCAGGGUUAUAAAGUUAUAGUUAGAUAUCAGGGUUAUAAAGUUAUAGUUAUAUAUCAGGGUUAUAAAGUUAUAGUUAAAUAUCAGGGUUAUAAAGUUAUAGUUAAAUAUCAAGGUUAUACAAUUAUAGUUAUAUAUUGAGGUUAUAAAGUUAUAGUUAAAUAUCAGGGUUAUAAAGUCAUAGUUAAAUAUCAGGGUUAUAAAGUUAUAGUUAGAUAUCAGGGUUAUAAAGUUAUAGUUAAAUAUCAGGGUUAUAGAGUUAAAGUUAGAUAUCAGGGUUAUAAAGUUAUAGUUAGAUAUCAGGGUUAUAAAGUUAUAGUUAGAUAUCAGAGUUAUAAAGUUAUAGUUAGAUAUCAGGGUUAUAAAGUUAUAGUUAGAUAUCAGGGUUAUAGAGUUAUAGUUAGAUAUCAGGGUUAUAAAGUUAUAGUUAGAUAUCAGGGUUAUAAAGUUAAGGUUAGAUAUCAGGGUUAUAAAGUCAUAGUUAAAUAUCAGGGUUAUAAAGUUAUAGUUAGAUAUCAGGGUUAUAAAGUUAUAGUUAGAUAUCAGGGGUAUAAAGUUAUAGUUAGAUAUCAGGGUUAUAAAGUUAUAGUUAGAUAUCAGGGUUAUAAAGUUAUAGUUAAUGAUCAGGGUUAUAGAGUUAUAGUUAGAUAUCAGGGUUAUAGAGUUAUAGUUAGAUAUCAGGGUUAUAAAGUUUUAGAUCAGGGUUACAAAGUUAUAGUUAAUUAUCAAGGUUACAAAGUUAUAGCUAAAUAUCAGGGUUAUAAAGUUAUAGCUAAAUAUCAGGGUUAUAAUUAAAGUUACAGUUAAAUAUUGAGGGUUAAAAGUUUAAGUUAUAGAAACAUCAAGAAAUUGAUUUAUAAAUGUUAUGGUUUAUUAUCCGAGUUAUAAAGUCAGGUAAGUAUGAAGGAUUUUUUAUAUCAUUUUCAUUAUAAAUCAAUGUAUCCUACUACAUCAUACAAAAUGUGCACUCUUUCCAGUAUUCAACUUUACAUUUCCAAGCAAUAAUUCAUGCACAUUCACUUUUCUAGAUAAAAAUUUGUAUGGGAAAUGCACAGUAUAUAAAACAAAUCAUUUGGCGAUUACAAUACAUGGCAUUUAUUAAUAUCUUAUACUUGGAAUAUAUUCUAGCUAUCCCUAAUUGUUAUCUAAAUUGUCACGUUAUCAAUAGUAAUAGAUAGGGUGCUGAUGUUUUCAGUGAAAUUUCUUAAGAGAUUUAAUAUUGUGCAGUGAUGUACAUGUAUAGUCAUUUACCAAGUAGGAUUGAAUUUUGAUAUGUUUUGGACUUUGGCAAUAUUUUUGUUUUUGUUUCUAUGUUUAUCAAAGUAGGGAUGGGGAUCCGAGCCUUACAUUUAUUUAUUUGUUUAUCGUAGGCAUGUCAUGUUCCAUUUGUCUAUUAAUAUUUCAGUAUUCAGUAUUUCAGUAUUGCAGUCUCCCAUUACCUCAAUGUUAAUCAAGGCUUCAUCUAUUAGAUGCAGUCUAGAUCAUAUGAAGUGCUUGUUACUCCAUUUUGACCAGUGUCACAGAAAUGCUUUGUACUAUGCUGAGGAUGAAUCAAACACAGUUGGGAUCCUGAUGAGACCAAUUGUUUUAUCAUGAUGUUUUUGGGCGGUAAGUUAUGGCAGGGCAUAGUACUGCGUGUCAGAUUGAUUUGAUAUCAAUGACAGAAAUGAAUUUGAUUUAAAGAUGCUGUUCUUUCAAAUGAACAUACACUCAGGGAAAUGGGAGUAAAUAAAACGUAUAAAAUGUAUUUAUCAAUUUAAGAAAGACAAUAUGGAUGACAGAUAAAUAUUCAUGCCGCAUCUAAUGGACACUACUAAAUUUAUCUCUCACCCAAAUUGCAUUCAUAUUGACAAUAAAUACAAUCUAACAAUUGUUUAUUUAAACAUUAAAUAGCCACAUUUUAAUUACAACCUGUAGCAGUAUUCUGUAGUUUAUAUAUCCCUCUAUGAUUGAUUCCUUUAUGAAUGGUAGAAAUAUGCAUCAACAAGCUUUCCCAUCUGUAGGACUAGAUAGAUUUUUAUUUAGAUUCAGUUUCCGUGUCAAUUAUUUGAGAUGUCAUAUUUUAGCUCUUUCACUACAACUGCCAAAUUUUACGCGAGUAUAUAUGGCUGUUGGGUCAGCAGAAUGCAGGUUUUUGGGACCAACCAGAAUACAAUGUAUACAGGGUUUCGGGUUAGAGUGUGAUUUAUCUACACUGUCUGAAGUGUCAGGUUUGUGAAAUAUCCACCUGUGUUGGUUUUCAGGACCAAUAAGAAUAUAGCUAGGUUAAACAGUGAUUUAUAUGGGUUUGUGAAUUUUUCGUUCAUGAUUUUGAGUUAGAAGAACUCCAUCUUUGUUGCUCAUUGUUAAGAAUUACCUGUUAUGUUUUAAGAACAAUACAAAAUAACUUGUCAAUGAUCUUUAGGUUAUUGUUUUGAUAAUGUUACAGUGCAUGUAUGUAUAAGACUGGAGAAAAAUAUAGUACACUGCCAUUGUUAAUAAAUAUGCCGCUUGUUGUCAAAAUGCCUUAAAGUAUAAUUCUGUUUUUCAUUUUGUAAAUAUAAGUUUUCUUGCUUAGUUAAAUAUUGUACAUGUAUAUAGGAAAAAGAAUUAUGAAGAUUUUGUGAUCAAAAUAAUAGUUGCAGUAUUAAUAUUGCUCACAUAAUUACUUAUAUACACUUAUAUACAUAUGCAGAAUUGGAGAGUAUAUAAGGUCUUCAUACCAGUUCAGGCCUCAGUUUCAUCAACAAAGUUAACUUAAGGUAACUCAUUAACUUAAAAUCUUCCAUAGGAAAGUGCUUUUGGAUUUAAGGGGGGAAAUCUUGGUUAAGGAACUUUCCUAAAUUCUGUAAUACUUUUUUUACAAGAAAAUUUAAUUAAGUUAAGGAAUUUCUUUAUAUAAAGGAAUAUUGAUUAAACUAGGACUUGGCUGGCUGGUUAAUUAUAAGGGUAGAAUAUCAAUUUUUGAAAAUCAAUUGGAUUGUAUUGAUUUCAUAGGGCAAGCUUUGUGUAAGAUGGAAUUUUUGUGAAUAACUGUAUUGAAGCUUUGUUGCUAAUG